AUCAAAUCCGCAUCACUUCUUACUAUCUUUGCCAGCCGGUUCACCAUAUUAUCAUCAUUGAUCUGCAUGAUGUUGCAGAAAACAUCAGUUGUCUGUUAUCCACAGGGUGUUACGAUCGUCAAACCCAUCGUAUUCGGAAACGUUGCUCGGUAUUUUGGAAAGAAGCGAGAGGAGGAUGGACACACUCACCAAUGGUCUGUGUACGUGAAACCAUACAGAAACGAGGAUAUGUCUGCAUAUGUGAAGAAAAUACAGUUCAAGCUACAUGAAAGUUAUGUGAAUCCACUCAGAGUCGUGACGAAGCCUCCGUACGAGAUCACAGAGACGGGCUGGGGAGAGUUUGAGAUCAUCAUCAAGAUAUUUUUCAUCGACCCCAAUGAGAGGCCGGUGACUCUCUACCACCUACUGAAGCUCUUCCAGUCAGACUCCAGUGCCAUGCCCAAGAAGACGGUGGUCUCUGAAUUCUAUGAUGAAAUGAUCUUCCAGGACCCCACAGCCAUGAUGCAACAGCUCCUUAGCACCUCUAGACAACUGACCCUGGGGGCCUAUAAACACGAGACGGAGUUUGCGGAGCUGGAGCUGCGGACGCGGGAGAAGCUGGAAGCAGCGAAGAAGAAGACCAGUCAGGAGAUCACAGACCUGAAGGAUAGACUGAAGGCCAGCAGAGAGACCAUCAACUUCCUGAAGGGAGAGAUACGCAAGCUGGAGGAGGAGGACCAGAUCAAAGACCACUGAUACACACACACACUGGGUGAAUCUCAAUUGUAUUUUCUUGAUUCCUCAUACCUUCUCUCCUUGCAUCCUUCUCAAAACUCAUUGGAACACAAGAUAUGAGGUUCCUUGUCUUGGAUCUUCUAUGUGUUUUGAGAAGGAGAUGAGAGAGGACGCAAUGAAUCAUGGAUAUACAAUUGAGACACACCCUAAAUUCCAAAUCAACCUAUAGGACAUCUUCCCGAGGCACCCCCUGUAGAUCUGAAGGGUUUGGAUAGGUGGAGGCAAUAUGGUGCUUGUGACUCACCUUGUCUUCUGAUUUCUGAUAGGCUGGAUGGAGUUUACGCCUUUUGUCUUCCACCUAUCCAACCCCUUCAGAGCAAAGGGAGGUGC